AUGGAGGGACUCAGGUUGGUACCUUGUCCAGAUUAUCCAUCACUUUCACCAAGAGUCGUGGCCCGGAUGUGCGUAUCCAGAGGUGGAAAUGCUGCUUUAGGACAUCUGGAGGCGCCUCUUUUGACUCCCAUUUAUCCCGGUUCCGAGCCGGCCAGUCAAGGUGUUAUCGCCAGUUAUCAUGCUUUUCGACGCAUCCUCUCGUCGAGGAUUUUGGUGUCCACCAGUCCGAAGCCAUGA